GCACAACAAGGACGAAGAAGGGCGCACACGCACGUUGUCUCGUUCGACGUUCAGCGUGCUGCUUUCCCGCCAAACGCCUUUCUAUUUCAACCACAACAGGUUCAACAACAUCAACAACAGCAACAACAUCAACAACAUCAGCAUCACCGCACGUUAAAUCAUCACUGCGGUGUGCGUUCUUUGUUUCUCCUUCCCUUUUGACCAGCUGCUCGCUGUUCGAUUACCGCAGCAAGCAAGCAAGCGACCUCUGCUGUGGCCCAACUCCAACACAGCGUCGUAUUUUGUUGUUGUGCUGCUGCCCCCUGACUCCACGCUCCCAGUGCGUGAGUGGGCUGUGUGCACGUCGCGCGUUCGACGCAAACGGGAGGCCUUGAGCCCUUCCCCCCAACACAACCGCACACACAACACGCACACAACCACACGCCGAGGCGGAACCAUGCCUUGGCACCAACACACAGAUGACCACAGCUUCUUCGGCGCUGGUUCCUGCGUGCACGCGCAGCACAGAACAGCAACUCUGGCACCGGCACCGGCACCAGCACCAGCAGUGCCGGCAGUGGAAAAACCGUGCACACACCGACAACGACAACACCAUGACAGUCAUCAUCGGCGUUGUCGUCGUCGUCCCCGGGCGCAGCCGCCUUCCUGGUUCCAGCGCAACGCGGCGAGGACACUCCUCACCCUGACCAUCUUCUUCACACUUGCCUUUCUCUCAACAACGGCACAAGGGCAAAUUUCCUGCCCCUAUCUGGUCAAUGUGGAGGAGGAGCAAGAGCCAGGGGCGCUGGUGUAUGAAGCCUUUGGCUCCAGCCUGUACUUCUUUGUAUCUGGAUUCACCAACAACGACUAUGAAAUUGUCUCGCACGACAAUGCGGGUGGCAUCCUGGAGAUACCCGAUCCAAACUCGGGUAAGGUCUACACGCGACUCAAGCUGGACGCCGAGCAGCUCCGGCCCUCGCCAGACCGCGAGCCCGUGUUCUACAUGUACAUUGGCUCAACAACCUCGUUUAUCGCCUGUCAGACUGUCGUGGCCAUCACCGACAUCAACGACAACGGGCCCCUGUUUUCGCAGGCAUCCUACCCGGCGCAGGUGCGGGAAGACGCACCCCCGGGCACGUCCAUCGUUAACGUCUCCAUCAGCGACGCCGACGGGCCCGUGUACCGCGACUACGACACGUUCAUCAUUGGCGGAAACGAGGAGGGCCUCUUUGAGCUGAAGAGCGACACGGAGCUCAUCCUGAGCCAGACGGCCACGCUCGACUACGACACGCCGCCCACCACCUACACCAUCAUGCUGGAGGCGGUCGAUCGGCAGGACAACUCGCUCAGGUCCAAUGCCACCGUCGUCAUCACCCUGCUGGACGUCAACGACAACCCGCCCGUGUUCGACCAGGACUCGUACUCCUUCAACGUCUCCGAGGCAGCCACGGUUGGCCAGACGCUGUUCCAGCUUGCGCCCACGGACAUCGACACCGUGCCCGUCACCAGCUUUGCCAUUGUCAACCACUCGGAGGACGUGUUCCAGGUGGCCAACGACGGCACCGUGUCGCUCAAGGCCGCGCUCGACGCAGAGACGCCGCCAACCUCGUACACGUUUGUGCUGCAGGCGUUUGACGGGCCCUUCACCACCAACACCACGGUGACCGUGCACGUCACAGACGCCAACGACGAGCGGCCAACCUACGACGGGCCCACAACACGCAGCAUCGAGGUGCCGGAGGACCUGGCGUACGACACCACCAUCUUCAAGUGGAACGUCACGGACGCGGACGUGUCCGCCCAGAACUCCAACAUCGUCUUCUCCACGCAGACGGCGGGCGCGCCGCUCGACGUCGACCAGACGGGCCGCGUGCACGUUGUGGGUGUGCUGGACCGCGAGAGCCAGUCCACCGUCUCCGUCACGUUUGUCGCCUCGGACACGGGCACCCCGCCACUCAGCACGCAGAUCACCCUUGUGCUGACGCUGCGCGACGUCAACGACAACCGCCCCAAGUUUGCAAGCAAGGCGUACGAGGCGGAGCUGAGCGAGCUCAAGCAGCCCGGCUACGAGAUCAUCCAGGUGUCGGCCACCGACGCCGAUCUGGGCAGCAACGCCGUGGUCCACUAUGCGCUGCGGCCGCUCGACGGCGCCACCAGCGAGUCCCUCUUCACCAUCGACGACACGGGCCUUGUUGUCCUCAACGGCACCCUCAACAGCACCCUUGUGCCGCAGCAUCACGUGGAGCUGCUUGCGUACGACGAAGGCACGCCGCCGCUCAUGGGCACGGCCAACCUCACCAUCUCCGUCCUGAAGGGCGUCCCCAACAAGGACGCGCCCACCUUCACCGCUUCGCCGUACAUCUUCCAGGUGGAGGAGAACGCCGCUUCCGGGACGGCCGUCGGCACUGUCCUGGCCAUCGACAUGGACGAGGGGGCCCUGGUCACCUACCGCAUCCGUGAUCCCCUCAGCGUCCCCUUUGCCAUCAACGCUGCCACGGGCGCCAUCACCACCCGGCAGUCCUUUGACGCCGAAACCACCACCGUGCACGUGUUUGUCGUCAACGCCACCGACAACCACCCAGACAUCCCGCGCAGCAGCGAGGUGGCCGUCUACGUGAACAUCACAAACGUCGACGACUUGCCGCCCUUCUUCACGCAGCCGCGCUGGGCCAUGACCGUCCCGGAGAACGCCACCGUCGGCACUGCCAUCGUCACCUUCACCAUCACCGACGCUGACAUUGAGCAGGGUUCUGUCGACAACAUCUUCUCCAUCACCGGUGGUAACCCGGGCCCGGCAAGCGAAAAGGCCUUUGCCGUUAACGCCAUCACGGGCGUGUUCUCCAUCAACGCCCCGCUGGACUACGAGGCCACAAACUUCCCCUAUCCAGGCACACACUACUACGAGGUCAGCGUCAUCGUCUUCCCGCUUCGCGACUUUUUCGAGCAGGACAGUGCCGUCGUCACAGUCACAAUCACAGAUAUCAAUGACAACCCGCCUGUGUUUGCGGAGACGGCGUACGAGACGACGGUGCUUGAUGGCGGCAGCUUCAGCGUGCCGGUGAACGUGUCUGACGCAGACAGCGGCGACAACGCCGUGGUGUCACUGAGCAUCCACAACACCACCGCCCCGAGCGCGUUUGGGCUCGACGGCAACGGCAACCUGGUGUCGCUGGUGGCACUGGAUGCUGAGCAGUACAGCGCGACGGAGACGAUUGUGAUUCGGGCGACCGACGGCGGAAGCCCCAGCCUGUCGUCUGAGGGCGCAGACCUUGUUGUUACGGUGCACAUCCAGGAUCUGAACGACGAGACGCCUGUGAUCAACAACGUUGAUGUGUAUGAGGUGCUUGAGUCUGCUGGUGCCGGUCAUGUUGCGGCCCGCGUGUUUGCGAGCGAUGCAGAUGUGACAGCGCCGAGCAACGUGCUGACGUACACGAUCACACCUGCGACGAAUGUGAACGGCUUGUUUUCCAUCAACGGGACUGGCCACGUUGUUGUGAUGAAGGCUGAGCUUGACUAUGAGAGCGUGACAUCGUACACGCUUGAGGUUGUUGUGUCUGACAACGGUGUCAACCCUGGCGCCUUCAACGUCACCACCACCGUGCUCGUCAACAUCACGGACAUCAACGAGACGCCGGCCUUUGAUCCCUUCGUCCUGUUCAAUGCCACCAUUUCGGAGGCCACUCCGGUUUCCUCCACCAUCCUCAACAUUUCAGCCACGGACCCCGACAUUCACCCAAUGUUCGCAACGCUGACAUACUCCAUCCUGGAAUCGAGCAUGCCCUUCUCCAUCAACCCGAGCACAGGUGUCAUCACUCUCGCCACCAGUAUCGACUACGAGCUCGUUCAGGAGUACACGUACACCGUGCAGGUGUCUGACGGCGGCUUCAACAUCACCCAUCCCGUGUACGUGUGGAUCACAGACGAAAAUGACAACGCGCCGUUGUUUGCGCAGCCACUGCACAUUCGUCGCGUGUCUGAGUACAUGGCGCCGCACACGUCGAUUGUCACCUUCAACGUCUCCGACGCAGACUCCGGUGACAACGGAAACUACACACUGAGCAUUGUUGGUGGCAACGAGGCUGGCGGCUUUGUCAUUGAAGGCAUGUCCCUUGUUAGCAGUCUGCCGCUGGAUUAUGAGCGCACCACCAGCUACAACAUCACCGUCAUGGCAAUCGAUCACGGUGUGCCACCCAUGAACUCCACAGCCCGCGUCGACGUCAUUGUGCUGGAUGAAAACGACAACUACCCACAGCUGCUGCACCCGCCCGUCACGCGCACCAUUCGCGAAAACACGCUGGGUGGCACCAUCAUCGCCCAGAUCAACGCCACGGACGCAGACUCUGGCAGCUUUGGCCGCCUCACCUUCACCCUGAUCGAUCCGCUCACGUCUGACCUGGGCACCCCGUUCCAUCUCGACGCAACCACGGGCAUCCUCACCACCAUGGACCAAACAGCCCUUGACUUUGAGGUUGUCCGCUCGUUCACGCUGGACGUCAACGUGACCGACGGCGGCGGCCUCUCCAACUUCACGCAAGUCACCGUGAACUUGGUCGACGUCAACGACAACACACCCACCUUUGUGGCCCCCUUCGCUGAGCUCAGCGUCGAUGAGCACACGCCGGAGGGCACCGUCGUUGCCACGUACAAUACCACAGACGCUGAUGAGCCAAACACGCCAAACUCGCUCGUCACCUACAGCAUUCAGAGUGGCAACAGCGGGCCAGGCGGACACGUUCUGUUGGACAUCAACAACGCGACGGGCGAGCUGUACAUCGCCAACGCCACCGGGUUUGACUACGAGCAGCUCCAUGAGCUCACGCUGGUCAUUGUUGCACGGGACCACGGCACGCCGUCCAGGAUGCAGAUGGCCACGACCACCAUCAACAUCAACGACAUCAACGACAACCGCCCCAUUUUCUCCCAGGACACGUACUACGUGGACAUCUUUGAGAACAAGACAGCAAACUCGCUGCUUGCCCAGAUUGAGGUGACCGAUGCCGACAGCGGCAACAACUCCGACGUGAGCGUUGUCAUUGCAGGUGGCGACGUGAGCCCCCGCAAGUUCAAGCUCACCACGGACCUGCGCUUUGAGCUCCAGCGCACAAUUGACCGUGAACAGUACUCGUCCUUCAACGUCACGCUUGUCGCGGAGGACAACGGCUCUCCGCCACUGUCCUCUGUGGCCCACGUCAUUGUGACUGUGUUUGGCGUGAACGAGUUCCCGCCGGUGUUUGAGAAGGACCUCUACACCGCACAGGUGUACGAGAACGACCUGCUCAACAUUGCCUUUGUUCAAGUCAACGCAACGGACCAGGAUCGUGGCAACCCGGCCCAGCACACCGUCACCUACUCCAUUGUUGGAAGCAGCCCUUUCCUGAUCGAACCAACACAGGGCCUUCUCCUCACUGCAGAUGUGCUGGACCGCGAGACCCUCACCGUUCCCCAGUACAACGUGUACGUGCGUGCUUCGGACAGCGGCCACCCCCAGCUCUCCUCCACCACCCGCGUCCUCGUGCAGGUUGGCGACAUGAACGACGAAACCCCCCAGUUUACAAAGUCGACCGCAUACGGGUUUGGGUUCACGGAAACCCGCGACCCAGUCACAGACAACGUGCUUGUGGGCAGCGCGUUUGACCUGGAUGCCGGCGAGAACGCACGCCUCACCUUCUCCGUCCUCGACGGCCCAGACUCGGACCGCUUCAACAUCGACCCAGACACUGGCGUUGUCACAACAAACGGGCAGUUCUGUACCGACAACGUUGACACAGUCACGUUUGGGGUGCGUGUCACGGAUAACCCGAACGGCACCGUCAGCGAGUGCAGCGACCGCUGCCACCUGCUGUUUCUCAGCACGGGCGAGUCGUUUGACGGGUGCAAGCAAGGCUGCGUGCACGGCAACACCUCAUCGACGCUCGCCCAGUGCGAGACCUUGUGCACAAGCAGCAUCUGUCGUCAGGGGUGCAGGUACUUCAACGGCUACCGCCGAAGCGCAGAUGCGUCGGUGCUCGUGACCAUCCUGGACGAUAACGUCUACACCCCACAGUUCUCGCAGGACAGCUACUUUCAGUUUGUUCCCGAGGACUCUGUCGUUGGCACAGUGGUGGUGCGGUUCAAUGCAACAGAUCAAGACAGCUGCAACCAGGGCUUCCGCUUCUACUUCCAGGGCGGCGCAUCGACAACGCCAGAUGGCGCCUUCAGCCUGGACGAAACCACGGGCGAGCUGCGGGUGAACGGCCAGCUCUCGCGGGAAACCCAAACCCUGUAUGAGCUUGCCGUGUGGGUGCAGGACGAAGGAAGCUUGCUCAAUGCCAAGUCAAGCUCCGUCAUGCUCACAAUCUUCGUCACAGAUCCCAUGCCAAUUUCGUUCUCAACAACUGCGGUCGGCUAUCCCAUGGGCUCCACAGCUCUCGUCGGAACGCUCGAGUUUGAUGAGAAGCUCACCCUGUUCAACAACGCUGCUGUUGGGAGCAGCGGCAGUGUACGUGCGUACCUGGGGAGCGCGCUGACGUCGAACAGCGUGUCGUACUCGACGCAGCGGCGCAGUGCAACGCAGGUGUCGGCGACGCUGGCGUUCACCGAGCUGUACGCGGACGGCGACCGGACUGUGAAGGCGGUGCUGCAGGUGUGGGACGAGCUGUGGAGCAGCCGUGUUGAGUUGAACACGUAUGUGAAGAUUGUCGUUGUUCCGACGAGCGAGCUUGCGUCUGCGGCUGGCGCGUCGAACCUGGUCGGGUCGUGCAAGGUGGGCACGGCGACGGGGAUGUGCACGGCGUCUGUGACGGUGCCGGCGUCGUGGUUCUCUGACACAGUUGUGUCUGGGGACCAGGUUGUGCAGGUGCAGUACGGGUUCAGCGAUGAGCGGACGGGGCUGACGUCUGCCGGGGAUGUGACGCUGCGGUACCAGCCGACGUUUGGCAUCACUGCGAGCAGCAGCCCGACGAACAACGAUGUGCAGGUGCAGAUGCCGCUGCGGCCUGUGUUUGUUGGGGAGACGUUUGAGGCCGUUGUGUAUGGUGACGCGACGCUGCCUGUGACGGCGUUUACGCUGCAGUUUGACGUGAGCAGCGACCUUGAGAUUCUGAGCAUCAACUUUGACUCUGGGACGUGGCGGGCGGCGCCGCUUGUGACGGACGGCGGGCUGUCCGCUGGGUUGUCUGCGAACCACGACAACGAGGCCGGGCUGCCGACAGUUGAGGUUGCCGCGCAGGAGCUGGUUCGUGUUGCGAUGCGCGCGCGAUCGAGCGCGGCGCUGGACACGACGCACAGCCUGACGGUGCAGAUCAAGUUCCUGCGCAACCUGAACGAGCCGAUUGUGCUGAGCCCUGUGCCUGGGCGCGUGGUUGACCGGCUUGGUGAGCACGAGGGCACGGGCACGGUGUAUGUUGCCUCGAACCCUGUGACGGCUGUGUUCAGCUACCUGGCGCAGGCAGAGCUUGUGAACACGGCUGUGCUGGACGGGUCGACGCAGACGGUGACGCUGACGACGAAGCAGCUGAACCGGCAGGGCGCGCUGUCGACGCUUUCGAGCGGGCUGAGCUGCAGCAGCGACGACACGUCUGUGGUUGCUGUGGGGAGCAGCUGCAACCGGCUGGAGCUUCGCGCAGCGACGACGACGCAGGGCAGCGGGCUUGUGGCUGUGACUGUGCAGCACGUCAGCAGCGGGGAGCAGGCGGUUGUGCGGGCGCGCGUGUGGGCGCCGGAGCUUCCGAUUUCGCUGGGCCUGAACGACGCACAGCUGUCGCCUGUGUACGGCUGGAUGACGAGCGGCACGUGUGCGCAGGAGUACCAGCGCGGGCGGGUGAAGGCUGUUGCGACAUAUCGGUACUCGCCGAGCGGGCCUGCGAAGCAGGUUGUGGUGAACGACGUUGUGGACGGGCACCUGAGCGUGAGCGACGGCGGCGUUGCGAGCGUGGACGGGCUGAUGGUGCGCGGCGUGGGAGCCGGCGUUGCCAACGUGACGCUGAACGCGGGCGGGCGGCUUGCUGGCUUUGUGGAAGUGGCUGUUGGCGGCGGGUUUGUGAACGCGAGCUACGUGCGCGGGCUUGCGCUGACGAGCGCGGAGCUGACGCUGUCCAGCACAUCGUUUUCGACGGACAGCGAGCAGACGGCGCGGCUGACGCUGCUGCAGGAGCUUGAUGUUGAAGAGGAGGAAGCGGACGUGUUUGCGGCUGUGACGUUCUCUGAUGGCGCGAGCCUUGAGGUGACGCCGGCGAUGGGGCUCUCGCUGACGAGCAAGGCGCGGUCGACGGUUGUUGUGACGGACACCAACAAGGUUGCUGCGUUUGGCAACGGCGCGGGCGACCUGGUGCGGCUGCAGUGGGAGCCGUCGACGGGCUGCGGAUUUGGGGUGCUUGCGCAGGGCACGGCUUUUGUGAACGUGUCGCUGGUGGACCCCGACUCUGUGAGCAUGACUGUGGCGAACGCGAAGGUGACGUACCCGAGCGCGCCUGGGCUGCCGAGCCCGUUUGCGGACACGAACGUGUUCCCGACGUCGACGGCGGUGACUGUGGAGCUCGUAUACGGCAGCACGCGGCUUGACCGCAGCAACGACAACCGCACGGUGUAUGACCUGAGCCAGAGCAACGGCUUGUUCACGAUUGACCGCAGUGGCCCUGUGCCGCUUGUGGUUGCGAACACGGCUGGGCUGACGGGCACGGGCGUGCUCGGCGUGUCGUUCACGCACGUUGGCGUGACGGCGACGGUGAGCGUGCAGGUUGUGGGUGUGUCGACGGCGACGCUUGUGCCGCGGCCGUAUCCCUCGUAUGCUGGGUCGGCGAGCGACAUUGCUGACGAGCUGAACGCGCUCUCCGGAACGGGCGAGUACCAGGAGGCUGAGCUGGAGCUGAAGCUCGUGGGCACAGACGGCGUGACGCGCGACGUGAGCCCAUCUGGAUCGACGAGCUACAGCAUUGUGGGCGGCGUGGGGCUGGCGCUGAGCGGGCGGCGUGUUGCGCGGGACGGCGCGAGCACGAGCGGCAGCGUUGUCAUCUCUGCUGUGCACGCCGGGCUUGAGGCAGACAACACGGUGACGGUGACGCUGACGUCGACGCCUGUGCUUGUGAGCGCCAUCCUGAACGAGAACCGGCAGACUGGACGGGUGUCGUUUGUUGGCACGCUGAGCGGCCAGAGCGGCACGAGCAGCGCGUUUGUGCGCCUCGGGGUUGAGUUUGACGACGGGACGCGGUACGAGUCUGUGUUUGACAGCUCGGGCAACCGGCAGUUUGACAACCUGGUGACGUUCAGCCUGGACAACACCGCGGUGGCGUCUGUGGACAGCACGACUGGCGAGGUGACGCUGCUUGCGAACCACCACGAGACGGUGACCGUGACGGCGACGGCGGUGGAUGCGGGCGGGGUGAGCGGGAGCACGGCGUUUGCGUGCAACCUUGCGCCUGCCAUUGGCGACGUUGACCUUGGCUCCAAGACUGGUGUUCCUGUUGCGCCUGCGACGGGCAGCGGCACACGCAAUGUGAACGUGUAUGUGAACACGGGAUCGCUGGUGCUGGGUGGCGUUGACCUUGAGGUGUACUACGACGCAUCGAUUGUUGAGCCGGUGGACGUUGUGCCUGGGGCGACGUGGCCCGGUGGCACGUUUGUGAAGACGCUGAACGACCCUGUCGGGACGAUUCUGCUGGGCGGCGUGACCGAGGACGGGAUUGCGUCGACGUCGUACCACCUGGCGACGAUCCAGUUCCAGGUUGUCGGGACGGGCGUGAUUGAGCUGUACGGUGUGACGAAGAAGAUGGGCACGACGCUGGCCAACGACGGAUCGGUGACCGACAUUGGCAGCCCGGCUGCGUCUGGGACGUCGCCGCGCGCGUUCAUUUCUGGCGAUCUGCGAACGGACACGGCGCGUCGCCGCCGCAGCAGCAGCGGUGGGCUGGCCGGGUACGAUGCGAGCGAGAGCGCGCGCGUGCGGCGGGCGUCGGACGUAGUGACGACCAAGUGCAGCGCGACGGCGCCGUGCACGGAGGCACAGUGCGGCGGGCGGCGACAGAGCGGUGACACCAACGGCGACUGCAUCUUUGACCUGGACGACAUUGCGUUCCUGCAGGUGUAUCUGACUGAGGAGAUCUUCGGGUUCUCGACUGUGCGCGGUGGGAACAUCAAGGCGGCGCUGCAGGACUUCCAGCUGGAUGCGAUGGACGUUGACCUGAACGGGGUGAUCGACCCGACGGACACGUCUGUGCUUGCGCGCAUCAACUUCCGGCAGCUGCGGUUUGUGCGCAACGUGAGCGUGACGACUGUUGCUGAGGACACGGACGGGUGCCAGCUGACAGUGAUUGCGGAGGUGCUCAAGGCCGGUGACACGGCUGACACGAACGGGCAGACGGAGGUUUACUUUGACUUUGCUGCGACGUCUGCGCAGGGCGGAAGCGCGUUCCAGGCCGCGUUUGACGCGAGCACGGCCGCUGUGGGCGAGGUUGUUGUGACGAACAAGGGCAGCGGGCACUUUGGCGGCAUUGUGAAGGCUGCGAGCAUCGGGGGCGGGCUGUACCAGGUGUCGCUGUACACGCCGAUUGAGCUGAGCGGCAUUGGGCUGAGCCCGAUCCAGAAGACGCUUGAUGGGGAGCUGAACACGCUGCCUGCGCGCACGCUGGCUGUGUUUGGCAGCCCGCUACCGCCGUACGACUACGGGAGCGCGCUGUCGCUGGCGUUUGACGACGUGACCAUCUCGCUGUCGGGCGGGUACAGCCCGAACAUGAAGUUUGACAACACGCGCGGAACGGGCACGUGCUUCAACUUCUUCUCGCCCGUGUUUGCGCCUGCGUCACUGACGGUGCCUGUGUCUGAGACGGCGGAGGUUGGGAUGGUUGUUGUUGACGUGAACGCGACGGACCAGGAUCUCGGGUAUGUGCCUGGGUCUGAGUACGGCGGGAUUGCGGUUGCUGCUGCGAGCGGGACGCUCGAGUACCGGCUUGUGUCUGACAACUCGAGCGGCCUGUUUUCAAUCAACGCCACGAGCGGCGAGAUUGUGCUUGAGGGCGCGCUUGACUAUGAGCGGAACACGUCGUACCGGCUCGUGGUUGAGGCGAGCGAUCAGGGCGUGAGCACGCAGCGCAGCGCGACGUCCGUUGUCGACAUUGUCGUCGUCAACGUGAACGACAUCCCAGUCUUCUUUGCCAUGCCAGUCUUCACCGGAUCAGUCGCGGAGAACUCGGCAGCUGGUGCUUUUAUUGUUCAGCUGUCCGUCGAUGACAUUGACAGCACCUCGUUCACCUACGCCUUGUCUGGCAAUGGGUCCGAACACUUUUCUGUUGAUCCAUCAACGGGGGUUGUGACAACGUCCUCCCUUCCCACAGACCGGGAGUCGGUGCCUUCAUACAAUUUGACAGCAACUGUCACGGAUGGCACGUUCAACGCGACGGCGUUUGUGGUGAUUACGAUCACAGACGAGAACGACAACCUGCCGUUCUUCGUGAGCGCAGCAAGCGCGGAAGUUCCUGAGAAUGCGCCGAUGGGCUCUGUUGUGUACACGUUUGAGACUGACGACGCUGACACGGAUGUGUACUCGGAGGUCACCUUCCGCCUCUUGUCUGUGUUUGCUACGCCCGUGGGUGGUUCUGUGCCUGUUGCCGCUCCCGAUGCCCUUGCGUUGAACACCACUUCUGGCGAGCUGCUGAACGCCAUGACUUUUGAUCGCACAGUGGUCAACAACUACCUCAUCACCGUUUCGGCGCGCAACGUUGUUCCUGUGGACGGCGUGAGCGAGCAGGAAAUCACCUUCACGCUGACGCUGAGCAUCUCGGACGCCAACGACAAUGCACCUGUGUUCGUGCGCGACACUGUCGUGAUUUCCGUGCCUGAGCUGACGCCUGUUGGACAGGUGCUCACGCAGCUGAUUGCCUCUGAUGCGGACACCGGCGUUGGUGGUGAAGUGAGAUACUCCAUCACUGGCGGUAACGAGGAAGGGCGGUUUUCCAUUGACGCAAUGCUGGGAACCAUCAGCAUUCAGCAGCCACUCGACUAUGAGACCACGAUGUCGUACGCACUGACUGUGACUGCGACCGACUUGGGAAUACCUGUGCCGCUGUCCUCGACUGCAUCUGUGAUGAUUUCCGUCAUGGACGACAACGACAAUGCGCCUCAGUUUACCCCCGAUGGGUAUGAGGCACUGCUUCCUGAUACGCUUGCUGUGGGCUCGGUUGUGGCGGUGGUGAACGUGUCAGAUGCGGACUCGGGCGUUCGCGGGACUGUGGAGCUGACGCUUGCCAACAACCCGGACAACCGUUUCAACAUUUCGCAGAACGGCACAAUUGUUCUGGCUCAGCCGUUCGUGCCUCUGCAGGGCGAGUGGGCUGUGCUCAACAUCUCCGUGCGCGGGCAGGACCUGGCUGCGUCUCCGCUGCACUCGUUCGCCUCUGUGAUAGUCACGGUGUAUGAUGUGAACACGCACGCCCCUGUGUUUGAGCAUUUGCCCCAGCCGCUGAACAUUACGGAGAAUCUGCCAGCUGGCGCGUUGGUGUCGUUCAUUCCGGUCACAGACGCCGAUGUUGAUUUCAACGCGGCCAUUCUCUUUGAGAUUGUCGCGGGUAACAGCGAAAGCAUCUUUACGAUUGACCCCGUGACUGGUGCUCUCAACACAACGCGGCCUCUGGAUCGCGAAGACGUGGAUUCGUACACGAUCACGCUUCGAGCCAGCGACAGUAGCCCCCUCUACACGCCACGAUACAACACGACGCUUGGUCGCUCUGCGUCGCCGCUCUCCACUGACCUUACAGUGAACAUCGCAGUGGUGGAUGCCAACGACCACACGCCCGUGUUUCAGAACACAGACCACGAGUUCUCUCUUGUCGAGCGGCAGGUUGCGGUGCUGACAACCGUCAGCGCUACCGACGGCGACAUUGGCGACAACGCUCGCAUCACCUUCUCCCUGGCUAACUUCAGCGAUCCGUCCGUGGCCAACAAGUUCUCCGUGAACGCGACCACAGGCGUUGUUCGUGUUGCGGAGCCACUGGACCAUGAUGCUGGCCCAGCGUUGAUUACGUUUGACGUGGUGGCGUCGGACCACGGAACGCCGCCUCGGUCUGCAAGGUUUGCCAUGCAGUUGCAGGUGCUCGAUGUCAACGACAACGCGCCUGCUCUUGUGGCAGACUUUGAGCCGCACAUCUCCUCGCUGCUCCCAGUUGGCUCCAUUGUGGCGAACGUCACGGCCAAUGAUGCAGACUCUGGUGAGAACGCGCGCGUCACGUUUUCGAUUGUGGAUGAGGUUGUUGCGCAGAUCUUUGAUAUCGACCCAGACACAGGCGUCAUCCGCACGUCCGUGGUGCUUGAGGGCCGGGGAUCGCUCUUUUCCAUCCUGGUGCAGGGCACCGACCAUGGCACCCCGCCCAGGACCGGGUUUACGGUCAUCACGCUCUCCACCGUCUCGACGAUGGGUCUUAAGCCAGACGUUGCGGUGACGGGAAUGGGCUUCGCAGAAAUUGAAACCGAGAUCGUGGACACAUCACCGAUCCGUGGUGUCUUUGAGCACUCGCUCACUGCAUUUGUACCGAUGGACACAACCCGUGAAGGAGAUCUCUCAGUGGCGUUUGGUGAGCAGCUGACCAGUUCCGUGACAUACUCGCGCCCUCGACAAGCGGCUGUGACGCGCGUGGGUGCUGUGCAGGACACGGAGGUGUGGGCGAGCAGCCGGCGCAUCCGAGUGGCAGCACAGGUCCGCGACAGCACCUUCAACGUGCGGGUGAGCGGGGCCACGGUGCGCGUGCGGGUUGUGCCCGACGCAACGCUGGCAGGCAUCAGCAACACGGAGGUGACGGGAAGCUGCACGGUGAGCUCGAGCACAAGCACGGGUAUGUGCACGGUGACGGCAGACAACCUGCCGCUGGCGUGGUUCACGGACUCGUCGCUGCUUGCGCUGACCGAGGACCCGAGCGUGGAGGUGUUUGUGUACUUGAAUGGGGAAUCGACAGCCGAGCACACGUCGCUGGGCACUGUGCGCGUGCGUCGGCAGCGUGAGUUUAGCGACGUGUCGCAGGGGCUGCGCAUGAGCAUCCCGUCUGGGACGGCGUUCCGUGGGGACCGGGUGACGGCCACAGUGUCUGGCCACGCCGGGUUCCAGACAGACACGUUCCUGAUGCAGGUGACGACGGGGUCUGGCUUGCGGAUCCGCAGCGUGACGGCGGUGAACACGGACAAGUUCUCGCUGCAGACGACGGCGACGACGGACCAGGACUGGACGGUGUUUGGGCAGCUGCAGGAUGCGUCGACGGCGUCGUCGCAGCCUGUGAGCGCAGAGGACCUCGUGCGCAUUGAGUUUGAUGUGCUGAGCACGGCGACGCUGGAUGCCGUGCAGCGCAUUGACGGCGUUGUGGAGGAGCUGACGAACGUGCGCGGGGAGGACCUGUUCCCGACGGGCAACGGGGCGAUGGAGUUUGAGGACCGGCUGACGCGCGUGAGCUCGGCGCCGGCAAGCUUUGGCGGCAUUUAUGUUGCUGAGGAUGCGGUUGUGGGGCUGUUUGCGCACGUUGCAGAGUCUGAGCUUGUGAACACGGCUGUGCUGACGGGCGACACUGUGAGCCGCAGCAUCUCUGUGCGCGGGCUGUACCGGUCUGGCAGUGUUGGGACGCUGUCGACUGGCUCUCUGAGCGGGUGCAGCGUGUCUGAUACGGAAGCUGUUGUGCUUGGUGCAGGGUGCAGCUCUGUUGACUUGACGAGUGCUGUGGGCGGGCGAUCGCCACAGGUUGAUGUGACAGUUGAGUACGGCGGCGGCGCGCUGAGCUUUGUGUUUUCUGUGCGCGUGUGGGCACCGCGGUUGCCUGUGACUGUGACGGUUGAGGAUGCGGAGCUGAACGCUGUGCAGGACUGGCUCGACCCCAACAACGCCUGCGCCCAACGAUACCAGCGCUCUUUCAUCACUGCCACAGCUGCAUUUGCAUAUGAUGCGCAGAGCGACGUGGAAGUGCGUGUGGAUUCGCUGGUGUCGGCCCUGUUUUCGUCCAGCAACGCCACUGUGAUGACUGUUGCUGAUGGUAUGGUUGAAGGUGCUGCUCCAGGGCAGGCCCUGCUUGAAAUUGUUCGACCCGAUGCGCAGGUUGUGGGCUCAACGCCUGUAACGGUUUCGUCGGACCCAGUCACCGUCUCGCGGCUGAUGCCAAACGUGGUGACGUCCCUCGAAUUGUCGGCACCAGGCACAAUUAGUGUCGGCGCAAACUUGCUUGCGACGGCUUCCCUGCAGCAGGAGUUUGCGCUGGAAGGCGACAGUGGUGUCAUCUACGCAGCAGCGGAGUUCACUGACUUUGCAGUCAUGCCGCUGCGCUUUGACGAUGCAGAUGUUCUGCUCAGGACGGAGUCCCUCAACACCGGCUCUGUGCGCGUGCAAGGCGCCAACGUUGUCGCGUUUGGCAGUGGCAGCGGCGACCUCGUUUCUGUGCGGUGGCUAACAACGUGCAACAACGAAACGGUCAUUGCCUCGGCCACUGCCGCUGUCACCGUGACCAUUCCUGCUCCAGACGCCGCAGAUAUCACUGUGGGCACAACCACGCUGACCGACGCUGGCAGCGUCGCCGCAAGCGCUGGUGUCGCAACGUCCACUCGGCUUGAGGUCGACCUCAUCUAUGGCCAGGACGCACAAGACCGCACCAACGACUCCCGAACGGUGUAUGACAUCACGCCUGCAGGUUUGGUGACGCUUGAAGUGAACACGGACGGGUCGCGGCAAGUCGUGCCUGUCGCUGGACAGAGCGGAACGGCCACUAUCUCAGUCUCGUUUACACACGCCAACAUCACCGCGUCUGUGGAUGUGACGGUUGUGCAGGUGCAGGAUGUGACUGUGAGUGCGUCGCCGUUCCCGACCUACGCGGGCUCGACGUCGCGGGCGGUGACGGAGCUGCGGCCGAUUGGGCUCACGGGCGAGUACCAGCAGGCGCGGCUCAACCUUGUGCUGACGCUGACCGACGGGUCGACGCGCGACGUGUCGUCCUCUGGGCUGACCAUGUUCAGCGUGCUGUCUGGCGGCAGCGUGAUCUCUGUGAGCGGGCGCAUUGCGUCGCGUGCAGGAUCUGCGACGACGGGCAGCGCGGUUGUGGGCGCCACGUUUGCGGGUGCGUCGAGCACGAGCAACCUGGGGCUUUCGCUUGGGACAACGCCCGUGUUUGUGAGCGCUGUGCUGAACAGCGCGCGCGUGAGCGGGCGUGUGAACUUUGUGAGCACGCUGAGCGGGGUUGCCGGCGUUGGGACAUCUGACGUGAGCGUGGGCGUGCGGUUUGACGACGGCACGGAGUACCCGAACGUUGUGAGCGGCGGUGUUGUUGCUGUGCCGAACCUGCUGAGCUUCAGCGUGGACAACACGGACGCGGCGAGCGUUGACAGCAGCACGGGCCGCGUGACGGUGCUGCAGAACGACCCGGAGGCGGUGACGAUUGUUGCCACUGCGCAGCCGGAUGUUGGCGUGAGCGGGUCGGCGACGUUCUUCUGCAACCUCGCGCCGGCCGCUGAGGAUGUCGACCUUGGCGCGACGAGCGGGCCCGCGGUGAGCGCGGUGAGCGCUGGGGCUGAGUUUGACGUUGACGUGCGCGUGAACACGGGGACGACGCAGCUUGGGUCGAUUGACCUGACGGUGCUGUAUGAUGCGACCAAGCUGCAGGCUGUGUCUGUGGUGGCUGGGUCUGACUGGCCAUCGAGCUCGCAGCUUGUGCCGACGCUGGACGAUCCGCCUGGCGAGGUGCUGUUUGGCGGUGCGCUUGAGGGCAACGGGAUCUCUGGGCUGAACACGAUUGCUGUGAUCCGGUUCCGCGUGCUGAACACUGUGAGUGGCGGAGAGGCGCUGAUGCUGAGCGGGCGCGUGACGACGAUGGCCGACUUGGAUGGCGUGCUGAUUGGCAGCGAGGGCCGCUCGUUUGUUGCGGGCACGUUUGACUUCCUUGUGUCUGGUGGUGCACGCCGCCGUCGCAGCAGUAGCAGCAGCAGGAAGCUGGGUGGAGCUGAGAGUGGAUUGUCGGCGACGUCGUGGAUGGCGGGCGAGCGCCGUGUGCGCCGCGCAACGUGCGACAGCCCGCCGUGCGACGACAGCCAGUGCUUGUCGCUGACUGGACGUGCGCGCGAGACGGGUGACGCCGAUGGCAACUGCAUCUUCGAUGUGCGCGAUGUGCGGUUCACGAUCCAGUACAUUGUGUAUGCUGCGACCGGCUUCAGCAACGCCGAGGGUAUGGCGUUUGAGGCUGCGCUGCUUGCUGACGGGACGCAGGAGGCGCAGAUGGACGCUGACCUGAACGGGGUGAUUGACGGGCGCGACUCGUCGUACCUGGCCAAGGUGAACUUCCGGCAGCUGCGGUUUGUGAGCGACGUUGAGGUGCUUGAUGUGACGGAUGCGGAGGCGAACUGCUCGCUGACGAUCCGGGCGCGGCUGCGGGCGAAGGGUGACGUUGCCGCUGAUGCUGCGCAGACGCUGCUGUACUUUGACAUUGCGCACGAGAAUGUAGCGUCGCAGGGGCUGUUUUUGUCGUCUGAGUUUGAGCGCGGCGAGGCUGCGCCGUUUACGGUUGAGUCUGGUGUGCGCGCGUCGUACCUGGGCGGGUACUGGCGCGCGGAGCUUGUGGACGGCAGCGACGGGGUGUUUGAGGUGCGGGUGCGCACGGAGCUUGUGCUUGCGGACCUUGGUCUGUCGCUUGUGCUUGUGACGACGGACGUGAACGGGGUGACGAAUGUUGCGCGGCAGUUUUUCCUUGACGGCAGCUCUGUGCCGCCGUACAAGUUUAGCGGCCUGCUUGAUGUGAGCGUUGGCGCGCUUGGUGCCGGCCUCUACCGCGGCUCCGGCUACAACCCCUUCACCACCUUCGACAUCUCCAUGCGCAGCGAUCUCUGUGAUCUGUUUGACGUGGGCAUCGAGCUUUCUGUUGCCGAGGACUUUGCAUUGAAUGUUGGUUUCGGUGCUGUGUUUGAUGGUGCAACGUCUGUGCCAGUGCUCAACUACGACCUGUUUGGGUCUGGCAACACCUUGUUCACCGUUGACCCAACCACGGCCCAGUUCCAGCUGGCUGCUCCAUUGGAUCGUGAGACGCGCGACCGGUACGACCUCGCCAUGCGCGUUAGCUCCUCCACGUUUGACCGCAUUGUGAACGUGACAAUCUUCGUGCUCGAUGCGAACGACAACGCCCCUGUCUUCAACAGUGCAUCCUACGUGUUCACCGCGGAUGAGGAGUCGGUUGUUGCAUCCCUCGGUUUUGUGGCUGCAACGGACAGAGACAUCGGCCCGAACGCGGUGCUUCGCUACUCGAGCAACGACACGCGCCUCGCUGUUGAUGCCGUGACUGGCGAGCUGUCGCUGCCAAGCGGGCUUGAUCGCGAGCAAUCUGCCUCGUACUCGUUCACCGUGACUGUCACGGAUCAGCCUGUUGAUGCUGGUGCGGCCCUGAGCGCCUCUGUUGCGGUGACUGUGCAGCUGACAGACAUCAACGACAACGCGCCAUCGUUUGGCGCCGCCUCCAUCACGUUCUCUGUUGCCGAGAACGGCACCGGCAGCGACCUGGUUGGCGUGCUGACCGUGACGGAUGCGGAUGCUGGUGUGAAUGCGCAGCUGCAGACGCUUGCGAUUGUGACAACGCAGAGCGACUUUACGCUGAACCCGACAACGGGCGAGCUGCGCACGCAGCGGGUGCUGGACCGCGAGACACAGGAUGAGUACCAGAUUGUUGUGGUGGCUGCAGACGCUGGCACUCCCUCGCUCAGCUCCACCGUGACGGUGACCAUCGAGGUUGAGGACAUCAACGACAACCGCCCGCUGUUUACGCGCUCGUCGUACCGAGGCGCCGUUGAUCCUGGCACGGAUGCUGGCGCAACGGUGGUGUACAUUGGCGCAGAGGAUGCGGACAUUGGCGUGAAUGCGCAGCUGACGUUUUCGAUUGCGUUUGGCCCCGUGUCCAGCCUGUUCACGCUGCAGCGCUUGACGACCGACACGAACUUGCGCGCGCUUGUGCUGGCGCAACCGGCGACAUCGCUGCCUGCGGGCCAGUCUGAGGUGGAGAUUGUUGUGCAGGACGCAGGCACGACGCGCCUGACGUCCCGUACGGUGGUGCAAGUGCUUCUGGCAGACACACAGCGGGCAUCGUUCUCGACGCUGGGCGCCGCGCCGUUUGACGCGGCUGGCCAGACGCUGCUGUCUUCCGAUGACGGUCUGCAGCAGUUUGCGCUUGGCGUGGGCCCGCUGUACUCCACCAGCAUUGGGGACAGCUUUGAGGUUGUUGCUGGCCUGGGCAACUUCACGCGCACGGAGUCUGUGUCUGUGGAGGCGUCUGCGCCGGCGCAGCUCGAGCUGCUUGUUGUGGACGAGCGCGUGUACCAGGACGUGCUUGAGCACGGCGGGCACCGUACGCUGCGCAUUGCCGCGCGGGUGCUGGAUAGCGAGAACAGGGUGCACACGCAGCCGGCGACGGUGGAGGUGCGGUUCACGCCGUCCGGAUCACUGACGCUGAGCAAGACGGCGUCGUGCACGGCCAACAGCGCUGCGCCAUUCAACGGCAUCUGUAUGCUGUCCAUCACCGUGCCGGAAGCGUGGUUCCUGACGACGUCGACACGGCAGGUGACAGCGUCGGGCAGUGUCAAGGGCACGGGCGGCGCUGUGGCUGCGCAGACGACGGCGUUGCUGGUGCCGUCCAACGUGAACAUCAACACGGACGUGCUGGCGGAGGACUUGUGGAUUGUGCUGCCAGCCCGUGGGCUGUACGAGAACGAGCAGUUUGAGAUUGGCGUGUAUGCGCGGUCUGAGUCUGGCAUUGGCGCGUUCACUGCGUCUGUGACGCUCGGGAACGAGCUGCGCAUUUUGAGCGUGGAUAUGAACGAGGCCUUCAACGCCGACACGCCGAGCAUCAACCCGGUGUGUGCUUCGCGCACCAUCUCUGGAGGCGCUCCCUGUGAGGAAGCGGUGCAGGUGAUUGGAACGGAUGGCACGGCAAGCACGACGACGCAGCUGCUGUUCACCAUCACGGCACUGGUCCGCACCAACAUGCAGGCGUCGACGACGGAGGUGUCUGCCUCCGUGUCGCUGCUGCUUGGCAUUGACAGCUCGCGCGUGCGCGCCGCCGGUGUUGGCUCGAGCGUCGACCGCUCCGGUCCGCACGUGCAAGAGGCCGGUGUGAUCCACCUGCUGCCGAGCGACCACGCCGUCGGCCUGUUUGCAGGCUCGUCCCGCGCGUCGCUGCUGAACCUGGCUGCCCUCGGAGGCAGCAGCCAGGCGGCGACGAUUGAGACAUAUGCCGUGCGGUCCAACCCCAGCGUGACAUCGGUGGUGGAUGUGAGCACGAGUGUGUCGUGCACAUCAACCAGCCCUGCGCUGGUGCUGACGGGUUGCUCUGCCUCCGCUGAUCCCAACGCGGCGGCUGGGGAGCAGGGUGCGGUGGUCGACGUCUCAUACGACAGCCUGUCUGCGGAGGCGCUGCUGGACGUGUGGCACCCGACGGGGCCCGCCAGCAUCUCUGCGACGACGACUACCCUGUUUGCCAUUGCCGGCGCCGCCUGCCCGGGCGACCCGGCCGUGUUUGAGCCGAGCACGCUGCUGGUUGAAGCGAGCUUCUCUCGCGGCACGGCACAGGACACCUUCGGUGCGGACGUAACGGAGUUGCUUGCGGACGCGCUGGUGCUGGGCGAUUCGAGCGUGAUUGCGCUGGAGGGCUCCAAGCUGCGGGCGCUUCAGCCGGGCACGACCACGCUUGCGCUGCCGACGGUUGGAGGCAGCGCUGUGUCCAACACGCUCACGCUGACGGUGAACAGCGCGGAGAUUGACGUGUUCUCGCUUGUGGUGCUGCCCUUCUCGCGCAUGUCGCUGACGGUGACGCCUGCGUCGGCCGGCAUCAGCAACGUCCUGACGGCGGCGCUGACGGUGGAGGAGGCCGUGUCGCGUGAGGGCGACGCGCUGCUAGUGGUGACGGAGGCCAUUCUGGGCGACGGCAACCGCGUGGCCAUCACCGGCGAGAUGGGCCUGACGCUGUCAUCUGCGAACGAGAGCGUGCUUGUUCCCGCGUCUCCGUUCUCGCUGACGGCGGUUGCGGCCGGCUCGGGCGAGCUGGUGCGGGCGCAGUGGGCCAACCCUUGCACGGGUGACGUGAUUGCCAGCGGCGUGGCGUACGUGGACCUGCAGUUCAACCUGGGCGUGCCCGCCUUUGACAGCAGCGAGUACCUGAUCAAGGUCAUGGAGGAGCAAGAGACGGAUGUGCUGCUGGGCCAGCUGUCAGCGACUGACCCGGACACGGAGCGCGAGGACCCCGUGUACUACGCGGUUGUGUCUGCUCGUGGCCUGCUUGCCUCGUCUGGCGCCGUGGGCGGCGUGCUGCCGCUGGACGGGUUUUCGAUGAACGCGACAUCUGGUGAGCUGAUGUUCCUGGGCAGCAGUGGCGCGGUUCGCCUUGACCGGGAGGCCAUGUACGGCGUUGAGCUUGUGGUGGCCACAAGCAACUACGCAUCCGACCUUGAGGCUCUGACGGCGGCGGUGGCGGCGACGCCCAUGUCUGUGGCGGAGCUGAGCAACUCGAGUGCGUGGAACAACGUCGGGUUUGCCACGGUUGAGCUGGCGCUGCUGGACACCAACGACAACGCGCCGGCGUUUGUGGACACGUCGCUGUACUCGCGCCUUCUCCCCUUCAACGUGACAGUGGAGGUGCUGCCGUUUGUCAACGCGACGGAUCCGGACCUGGGCACGUUCUCCGAGGUGACGUUCAGCCAGAAUGCGACGGCGCUGUUCGCCGUGGACGAUACGACGGGCCGGGUGACGACGGCAACCAACCCGUGGUCACACCCCCCGGAGUCUGUUGUGCGGCUGACGGCCACGGAUGGCGGCGGCCUUUCCAGCAACGCCCACCUGCACGUCGAGGUGUACGACCGGCUGCAGCUUGCGACGAUUGACUUUGACCAGGCGUCGCUGGCUGAGAUUCAGGCCAACCUGGACCUGGUGGCGGCGCGGCUGGCGAGCCACCUCGGCCUGAAGGACGCGGGCAUCUUCCUCGACCCAGAGGGCGUGCUUGUUGUGGAGACCGACACGCUGACAAACGCCGACGUAACCCUCAACUUUGACGGCGUGAGCAGCGUUCCGGUGCGGGCACGGCGCGCAACAGAGACGGUUGUGCGCGUGCACGUGAUUUCGACUGUGCCAGAGUACAUGGGUGUGAACAACAGCGACUUGGCGGCGAUGGUGGUGCCGCCUGCGGUGCCGCUGUCGGACCUCUAUGGCCCAUACGAUGCAAAGGCGCUUGCGUCUCGGUUUGGCAAGUCCGACGCGCUGACGCAGGUGCUGGGCUUCUCCGUGCUGCGGUCUGGCACGUUUGAGGACAACACGAACGGGGCGACGCCGUCGCGGUCGUCAUCGACAGACAGCACGCUGGUGGUGUCUGUGGUGGUGCCCGUGAUUGCGGUGCUGCUGAUCAUUGCGCUGCUUGUGCGCCACCGCCGGCAGAGCAAGGAGCGGGAGCUGGAGCUGCGGGACAUCAUGCACCGCAAGGGCCUGGACCUGGACGACGAGAUUCGCGUGCACGGCGGUGCAGAUGCGCCGGUGACGUUUUCGUUCUCUGGCGGCGAGGUGGACAACGAGACUGGGAACCGCUUCUUCUACAAGACGACGGAGGAGCUGAAGACGGUCAACGCGCCGCUGAUGGGCGCCCGCUCGGACGGCCGCAUGAGCGAGCUGGGCUUCUCGCAGACGACGACCAAGGUCAUCACUGCGGAGCGGCACUGGCUGUACAAGCCCGACCCGGAUGAGGAGGACGACGGCGGCGCUGCGCUGAUGAUGCAGCCGCAGCAGGACCUGGGCUUCUCCGGCGAUCUGCUGGGCGAUGAGGCAGCCGGUGCGACCGACAACGACACGUGGGGCUCUGGGCAGGUGACGUCGGACAACCCGCUGCACGAGCCGACGGGCGGCGUGUUCUCCAACCCGCUGUACGACUCGAGUGCGGAGGCGGAGACGUCGUUUGGAGAGGAGCCAGCGGCUGAGUCUGUCAAGCCCGUGCGGGAGGCUGGCUUCAAGACGGUGGCGGCGACGCAGCCGUCCCCCGUGUACCGCCGCCGCCGCACGCAGCACACGGACGAGUACCAUGCGAAGCAGAACCCGCCGCGGUGCGACUGCGCCCCGGACGAGUACUCUGCGGAGGCGAUGGACGAUGCCCUGCUCAAGGAGUUCCGCAACUACUUGAUGCAGUGA